AUGGCCUCGGCGGCCUCCGGGGCUGCUUCCCGCCCGGCCGACCCGGCAGCUCUUCAGCAGCCGUGGCUCGAGGGCCAGCUGCUCGUGCUGCCCAGCCCGCUGCCGCUGCACGUGCACUGCCCGUUGGCGGGGUGCCCUCGGUCCUACGCCAACCAGGUGCAGACCGCCGUCCGGCACAGCCUGCUACGGCACCUGCGGACCGACUUCCACCCUGGAACGUCGGAGUGCCACUGGUGCCGGAAGUGGUUCACGACCCGCCGAGGCCUCCUCAACCACCGCGCCCGCUGCCCGCGCCGGCCGCCGCCCGCCCCGCCGCAGCCCACCGACUGGGCCGCUGCGCUGGCGCGGCUCCGUGCCGAGACGGCCCCCGCCGCCGGCGCCCCUGCAAGACCGGCGACACCGACGAGCCCGGAGAUGGACCUCUCGCUGAGCCCUCCGCCGCCGCCACCUGGCCAGGGCCGUCCGUCGCCGUCACCGGAGCCGACACCGCCGCCGGCACCCGAGGAGGAUCGGCUCUCGCCGCCGCCGUCGCCUGGGCCGCUGACCGAGCGGUGGUGGUCGCCGACCCAGCCGUCACCGGAGGAGCCGACGUCGCCGCCGCUGGUGUUCCCGGCGCCCUCAUCGGACUCGGAGACUCCAUCGCCGCCGUCACUACUGGAGCGGCCUGACGCCGAGCGACGGCCCGCCGCCGACGGUGGUGAGCUGCGGCCCCCAUCGUCCGCCUCUCCGGACCCGCGCCCUCGCUCCGGCGCUGUCUAG